AUGGCAAAAUCUAUUGUUACACCUUUUGAAAAAUCUAAACAGAAAUAUUUUUCUAAUCAGUGUACAUCAACACAAACUAUUGUUGAUACUAUAAAUCAUAGAGAAAUAUUGUUAAAAUUAUAUGAAGCAGCUGAUAAAUGUUAUAUGAAAGUGUAUGCACUUAGAUGCAUUCGUUUAAUUAAUUAUUGUCCCCAUUUAAUUAAUAUUCCACAUGGACCUGAUGGUUAUACACCAUUUCACAAAGUCUGCUUUCAUGGUAAUACAUGUUUGAUCGAAUAUAUGAUUGCAAAAGGUGCUAAUCCUUUUCUUAAAACUUAUAGUGGUGAAAAUGCAAUUUGUAUGGCAUUAUAUUUUUUUCUUAACCAUCCUAACAAUAAUGAUUUUACUUGUUUAGAUAUUCUUUGCGAAACAGGUUGUCAUUUAGAUAUGUCAAAUAAACACUAUGAUACCGUUAUGAAAUCAGCUUUAAAUAAUCAUAAUAAGCUUUUAGCAGAAUGGUUAUUAUUGCAUAAUAAAAUUACAAAACUUUCGAGAAGUUAUUCAGAACCAUGAAAUUUCAUAUACUGUAUGCUUUACAGUAAUAAUUAAUUAAAUAUAUAAUUUGAUCUACAUAAUAAAUUAUUAAUUUGAUAUUGUUAUUUGAUAUACUGCUUCUUUUAAUUAGUUUAGAUGCAUUGAAUACAAUAAUUUCAAAAUUUAUUGUUUAAUAAAUUAAUUAAGAUUAUAUUAAGUAACUUGUAUAGGUAUUUUGCAUAAUCUACGUUUAACAAUAAAGGAACAAAGUUCAAAGUUAUUGAAGUUAUACCUACAGCAAAAAUAACCUCUUCGUUACGAUUGUCAACUUCAGGUGAUCAUCACCGGAUACAUAAAUACGUUAAUUGAUAUUCUUUAUGUUUAUUUAUUUAUUCGUUACGCAAAGAUAUCUCAUUCUACGUUACUAUUAGUUAUUAAAUGGUAGUAUGCAUAGAAUAAUCGUCAUAUUCAACUCUAAACAAGUGUUAUUU